AUAAACUAUCAUUAAAGUUAUUUACUUAUAACAAAAAUGGCCAUGCUACAAUGGUAUAACCACAUAUAUUCUCAAUUCAUAGAAAUGAAAAACUCAGCAACUACGGGAAUGAGAAGCGGUGCAUUGAUUGAUGAAAAUGAGGAAGAAGAGAUUGCAAGAGCGGCUUUUGCAUCGUUUCAAGCCCGUGAAGAAGAGAUAGAGAAGAAGAAAAUGAUGGUCAAGGAGAAGGUCGAGUUGAAAUUGGGCCGAGCGGAAGAAGAAACCCGACGUUUGGCCCAAGUUUGGGAAGAGCUUGAAGUUUUAACAGAUCCUAUGAGGAAAGAAGUAGCAAUGGUUAGAAAAAAGAUAGACGUGGCUAACCGUGAAGUGAGAUCACUGGGUCAAAGCUGUCAGAAAAAGGAAAAAGAAUAUAAAGAAGCAUUGGAGGCUUUCAACCACAAGAACAACGAAAAGAAUCAACUAACCGCCGCGUUAAUGGAGUUGGUGAAAGAAAGUGAGAAUAUAAGGAUGAGAAAACUAGAAGAACUGAACAAGAACAUAGAUCCUUCAUACUGAUUAGUGACUCUUAUAUAAUCUUCACAAGUAUUGGUGACUUCUUAUUUCAAUAUUCUUUGACUUGGUGUGCGGGUAUGUUGUUUGUUUGUUUUGUUUUGGAGCCGAGGGUCUCUCUUUGGAAGCAGCCUCUCUAUCCUCAGGGAUAGAGGUAAGGUCUGUUUACAUCCCAUCCUCCCAGACCCUAUAAGUAGCUAUGGUAUUUGUGGGAUUUACUGGAUAUGGUUAUUGUUGUUGUUGUUGUAUAUAAUCUUCACAAGUUAUCUGGAUAUUUUGCUCAUUUGUAUUGUUUAAUUAGUGAAAUAUGUGAAACAUUCAGUGGUUUGUGUUUCUUGUUUUUCUCAUAAAUGAUUCAAUUAUAGUUUGCAAUUUAUUUUCUU